UAAGGCGUUCAGCUUUCUCUCUCUUACCCAUUUCUUACUUUCUCUCUUCUUUCUCUCUCCUGUCGAAGAAGAGAGUUGUCGAAGCAGCGCAAUCGAGCAUCACAACUACCAGUAGACGAGAAGAUCAACAAUUUUCAAAUUUUCAGCAACAAUAAUUUAUCGUCGAUCGCAAACCCUACCUGAUUGAUUCAAUUUAACCAACAUUUCUGGUAUCAAAUUACUGUAUCUUUAGCAUAUCAAGAUGCCUAAGACAAGAAGAGAUCGUUCUGUCUCUUUUGAGAGGUCUAGAAGGUCACCAGUUCCUUGCAGCUCGAGUUUGACGUGUGAAUCUAUUGCUAAAAGUCCUCCAGCAACAGUGGAAGACUUAAAAGAAUGGGAGGACGCCAGGUGCGCUGUUUGUAUGGAACAUCCUCACAAUGCUGUGCUUCUCAUUUGUUCAGCAUAUGACAAGGGUUGUCGCCCAUACAUGUGUGAUACCAGUUAUCGUCACUCCAAUUGUCUGGACCAAUUUCGCAAGUCUUUCACAGAAGCUUUAACAGAAACACCGUCAGAGGAAGGUAUUCAGCCUCUUGUUCAGUCAUCAGACAUCGUGACCGUCGAAAGUCUUGAAACUAUUGUUGCCUCGCAGCAGGAUGAAGGGAAAUCUCAAGGUUCAGUUGCUGCAGAGAUUGGCAGCAUGCAUAAACUUCAGCAGAAGCUGGUUUGCCCUCUAUGCCGUGGACAAAUUAGUGGGUGGGUUGUGGCAGAGUCAGCUCGUGAUUUUAUGAAUGCCAAAAUUAGGAGCUGUGCCUGUGAAACCUGUGAAUAUAACGGUAACUACACUGAUCUGAGAAAACAUGCAAGGGUAGAUCAUCCACAAGUAAGGCCUUCUGAGGCUGAUCCUGAGAGGCAAAGAAAUUGGAGAAGACUUGAGAGGCAAAGGGAUAUAGGUGAUGUGCUGAGUACCAUCCAAUCAUCCUUUUCUGAAGAUCAAGAUGAUGAUCCCAAUCUCCUGAUGGAUGAGCGUGGUUGGAUUACAAUAUUCUUCCUUUUCCGAGUUUGGCGUCCAUCAUCUAAUUCUAGGAGCAGUAGUUGGUCAGGUACCUCAAGGUCACGAACCCGUGCACAACAAGGUGCUAGAAGGAGGUCAACUGCUAGGUUAUGGGGAGAGAGCCUGGAGGCUGAACAAGGUUCUGCUUCUGUAGAGGAUGAAGAUUCCUCUGAUGAGGGAUCAGUUGCUUGGAGACGCCGUGUGAGAAGACGUUUACCUACUCCAGAUGACGAAUCCUGAGUGCCACAUCGAGAGUUUGUUUGGUUGACUCUCUCUUUGUAAGAGAACUGGACUUGGGCAUAUUUAUCUUUGUUUGCAUUGUGGCAUUUGGGGGAAUUCAAGGAUAAGUUUGUGCUGUAGGAAGCUGCAUACUUGGAGAUAUAACGCUCGGGCUGUUCCGUUGCUUCAGUUUUCAAGAUUGGUUUGGAACUGUAUUCAAGCAUUUCUUUGAUACUAUAUCACAUAUGAAUGAGCGGGUUUGCCGGUUUGUAGUUUUCUUCGCGAAAAUGUACCAAUUCGAAAAUGAUACGAGUUACUUAUUUAUAUACGGUUUGCAGUGCAGUUCCAUGUUCCAACCUUUGUUUUCCUUCCUUACUUUCAUUUCAUUUUCUCCCCCCAUAUUAAUUUGUUGUUACAGUAGAAUUCCCGGGUACCGUACCAGUAUGUAUAUUAUCUUUAAAUUUUUUAAUAAUGAAUUAAUUAUUUUCUUGUCUA